AUGACUUCAGUCCCAAAGAGCUACAAAGCAGCUGUUUUUGAGAAGGCCAAUGAGCCUUUCGCUUUGAAAGAUUUCGAUACCCCAACACCAAAGAGAGGAGAGAUUCUGAUUCGUGUCAUCGCCUGUGGAGUAUGUCAUAGCGACAAUGGUGUGCAUUCAGGGGCGUUUGGAAAUUCAUUUCCAAUCAUCCCAGGUCAUGAAGCUAUUGGAGAUAUUGUCGCUGUUGGAGACGGAGAAUCAAAGUGGAAGGUUGGAGAUCGAGCUGGCGGAGCUUGGCAUGGAGGUCACGACGGCACGUGCAAGCAGUGCCAGCGCGGUCAGUUCCAGAUGUGCAAGAAUGCGGUUGUCAACGGCGUUACCCGCGAUGGAGGUUAUGCGGAAUAUCUCAUCUUGAGAUCAGAGGCUGCUGUCAACGUCCCCAAGGAUGUUGACCCUGUUGAAUAUGCUCCGAUCCUAUGCGCUGGAGUCACUGUGUUCAAUUCUAUUCGAGCUCAAAAGAUCGUCCCUGGAGAUAUUGUAGCUGUACAGGGUCUUGGAGGAUUAGGCCAUCUCGCCGUCCAGUACGCCAACAAGAUGGGUUACAGAGUAGUUGCUCUUAGCUCUGGCGACGGAAAGAGAGACUUCGCAACGAAACUUGGAGCUCAUGACUAUAUCAACACUUCUCAAGAAGAUCCGGCCAAGAAACUCACAGAAAUGGGGGGUGCAGCUUUGAUCGUAUGCACCGCGCCAAAUCCAAAGGCAAUCGGUCCAUUGACUGGUGGAUUGGAAGCUGGAGGUAAAGUGCUGGUUCUUGCUCCAUGUGGAAGUAUCGAAGUCAAUACCCUCGACUUGAUUUCAAAGGCUAGUUCUGUCACCGGAUUUCCUAGUGGCCACGCAUUGGAUAGCGAAGAGGCAAUUGCUUUCACGAAGUUACAUGGUAUCAGAUGUAUGGUGGAGAAAUUCCCACUCAAGGAUGUCCAGAAAGCGUAUGACCAUAUGGUCAGCGGAGAUGUUAGAUUCAGAUCGGUUUUGGUGAUGUGA